AUGUCCGCUAAUCUUCCUGUCCGUACCAAACUGGAUUCUACAAUCCCUUUCAAUGUAGACCCGAACCGCGCAAACCAAUUUCAGUUCACCGAUGCGCAGGACUGGUUCUCACACAACAUCCCACACUGGAGAAAUCUCUUUUCGUUUAUUACUUCGCCUCGCCCUCGGAUUCUGGAAAUCGGAUCCUGGGAGGGAAGGUCGGCGGUAUUCUUUUCAUUUCAUUUUAUCUUUGUAGGGGCUGAUAUAGUUUGUAUCGACCAUUUCGAUUUAUUCCGGACGUCAGCUGGGAGAGAGCGCUUCCGCAAAAUCAACCAUAACCUUUCGCUCACUGGGAAGCCAUUCCGUGUCCUGCCACAGUUCAGCGUCCCGGCCCUUAUGAAGCUCCUCGAAAAAGAGAUUUUGAAAGAGGAAUCACUGGGCAACGCUGGUGAUGCAAACGUUCCAGAAUACGAAGGUGUCUCUGGAAGUGAGCAGGUAGGGUUUGAUUGGAUAUACAUAGAUGGCUCCCAUGAAGCCGAUGAUACCUUCCUCGACGGCGAGCUAGCCUGGCGACUCGCUCGCAAAGGUGCAAUAUUCAUCUUUGAUGACUAUCACUGGGACAAGGAGCCUGAGGAUAGCAAACACCACCCAAAGAAAGGGAUAGACACAUUCUUGGACCUCCACCGAGGGGAGUAUGUCAAGCUUACAGAGCCAGAGCAUUACCAGGUGGUGCUACGCAAGACUAGUGAGAUGAGGAUUGGUUUCCUCGUCGACAAAGAAGGGUUGUCUGAAGACGAGGGAGAUGCGAUAAAGAAGGUAUUCGGGUACGGGAUCAACGUCGCUCUUGUUGUUGACCCGGCGUAUGCCAUGAGCGCAGCAGUUGUCAUUCUCAGCACAGUCGAAAACACAACAGGAAGAAUCACGAUCUACAUUGUUGAUUGCGGACUAUCAGAAGAGAAUAAACAACGAUUCCUCCGGUUAAUUGAUCCAUUGCGAGCCAACGACGUGACAAUGAUGUUUAUUGCACUCAAUGCAGAGGGUCUAGGGAAAGAAUUAGGACCAGUUUGGGCAAAGCUUGAUCUAGCAGAGGUCCUCCCCAUAGAGCGUGUUUUGUACCUAGAUGCAGACACCUUGAUUCGAACCAGCAUCGAGAUGCUAUGGCAAACAGAUUUGCAAGGUCAGACAAUAGCAGCAGCUCCAGAUGUCGGACAUCCAAUGGGACAUGAUCAAAUGGGUGUCAAAAUGCCAUACUUCAACGCCGGGGUAAUGUUGGUAGAUUUGGCGAAGAUGCGUUCUAAGAGCGCAGAGUUGAAGCAACUUGGGCGGUCGAUGAAGGACUCGAAAUUUCGUGAUCAAGACGUACUGAACACUUUCUACGCGAGCCAAUGGAAGCGUCUGAGUCUAAAAUGGAAUGCUCAGGGAUUGGGUACUUACGCAAGGUACCCAUCUCCUGAAAGAGACAUGCUUCGACUACUCGACCCCACGAUAGACACUCCGGAUCCAGCAAUCGUACAUUUCACUGGCCCAGUAAAUCCUUCUGUAGAAGAAGUGCUCAGCUUAUAUGUUCAACCACCGACCGCCAAGCCGUGGGGGUAUCUGGGUGCCCCUGGGCAUCCAUUUCAAGCUGAGUGGUGGGCAGUUGUAGAACGAACAAGAUGGGGAUAUACGAGGAGUCAGAGUGCAAAUGUGGCCACCGCAGAGAUGGAUAAGGCGAUCAGUGACGCGAUCAGGGACUUUAGAGAGAGGGUUGAAGACAGUCAGUAUACAAUAUAG